CGUCACUGUUUCGUACUUACAUUUCAAAGGAAAUUGUUGUAAUGAGUGGUGUUCGAGAAGCUUCUUGUAGGCUUUGCCUUAAAACUAUAGCCGAUAAAAAUUUUGAAGUAAUAAACAACGUUAUCAGGGAUAUUCUUGAUGUUCUUUUGCUGAAACUGAAAUUGGAUGAUGUGAGCAAGGAGGUUAUAUGUAGUGCUUGCAAAAGAAAAUUAUACGCAGCAUUAGAAUUCAAGUCAACGUGUCUGAAUACCGAUAACAUAAUUAUUCCAUAUGUGGAUUGCGAAAAAAUGUUACAGCUCGACUUAAGAGAAGUGUACAGGAAGGAAAAGAGAAACGAGUCAAUUUCAGACAAUCAGAAAAUAUGUCGAUUGUGUAUGUACCCAAUAGAAAGUGAGUUUAGGUGCAUACGUGAAGAGGAACUUGAAGCUAUUGAGAAAUUGGCUCCUCAAAUGAAUAUACAUAUCAUCAAAGAUCCCGUUGUUUGCAAGCCAUGCUUGGAUUCCCUGUGCACUAACAACGGUUUCCUAAAAGAUUGCUCAGAGGCAGAAGAAAAAAUUAAUGGAGUUUGUGAUAAUUCAGUCACAGAAGGUCAAAUAGAAACGUCACCAUCUGAUUUAUUCGUUAAGACUGAAAACUUUGAUAGGGAAUUCGAUAAUAACGAGACAGAAAUAUCAAUCAAAACUGAAUGUGUCGACAUAAAAUCUGAAGACGAGGAAGGAAGCGACACGCCACUGGAGAGUUCCGAUACCUUACCAUUUGAGGAGAGUGUCUGUAAAGAUGAAGAAGAGGAUGGAUGUAAGUACGAGGAUAGAUCGCCGAACAAAUAUAAUAUGAAAAAUAAGCAGAAGCACAAUGAAUUGUACAGAUGUGAAAAGUGUCGUUAUGAAACUGGAAGUAAGAUCCAUUUUGCGGCACACUGUGCUAGAUGUGGGAAAGAUUCGGAAGUGUACAAGUGGGAAACCUGCGACUAUAAAACUGAAAAUAAGAAAUUACUUCAAAGGCACCAGUUGCGGUAUAAAUAUUCUUCGCAGGUUCAAAUGUACAUAUGUAACGACUGCAAUUAUGAAACUAAAUACCGGGGUGAUAUCAAACGGCACCAGCUGAUACAUAAAGAUCCUUCUCAGAUUCAAAUGUACAAGUGUAACGACUGCGAUUACAAAACUAAAUACAAGGGUCAUAUCAAAAAGCACCAGUUGAAACAUAAAGAUCCAUCACAGGUUCAAAUGUACAAAUGUAGCGAUUGCGAUUAUGAAACCAAAUAUAAAAGUGCUGUCACACAGCACCAACUGAAGCAUAAAGAUGUUUCACAGGUUCAAAUGCACAGGUGUAACGACUGCGAUUACCAAACUAAAUUCAAGGGUAAUAUUAUAAACCACCAACUGAAACAUAAAAAUACUUCCCAGGUUCAAAUGUACAGGUGUAACGACUGCAAUUACGGAACUAAAUACAGCUUCCACAUGAAGCAACACCAAUUGAAGCAUAAAGAUCCAUCACAGGUUCAAAUGUACAGGUGUAACUACUGCGAUUAUGAAACUAAAUACACCAAUCAUAUGAAACGACACCAAUUGAAACAUAAAGAUCCAUCACAGGUUCAAAUGUACAGGUGUAACGACUGCGAUUACGAAACUAAAUACAAGGAUCAUAUCAAAAACCACCAGUUGAAACAUAAAGAUCCAUCGCAGGUUCAAAUGUACAGGUGUAACGACUGCGAUUAUGAAACUAAAUUCAGGAGUUAUAUUAUAAAGCACCAACUGAAACAUAAAAAUACCUUCCAGGUUCAAAUGUACAGGUGUAACGACUGCAAUUACGUAACUAAAUAAAUACAGCUGCCAUAUGAAGCAACACCGAUUGAAGCACAAAGAUCCAUCUCAGGUUGAAAUGUACAAGUGUUACGAUUGCGAUUGUGAAACUAAAUACAGGAGUGGUAUUAAAUAUCAAUUUGUGUUGAAGCACAAAGAGCUUUCUUAAAUACAAAUGUAGCGCUGUGUUUUGCUAAUCUCUAUGCAUAACGAGUUUUUGAUGCACAAAAAUGUUUGCAGGCCUGAAUUACUGCCCUUUGUGUGUCGUGCAAAAUAUCAAAAAUAGAAGCAUUUAAGAGCUACAAAUGUGAAUAUGAUAAUAUAUGUUCGUAAAUGUUGGAAUAAGAUGUAAGUUAGUGAAGUGUUGAUGUCUGUUAACAUUGUUCUAAAUUAUUCAUUUUGUAAAUUUGAGUUUUGUACAUGCGGAUGGGAAGGCUAUGGCAACUCGCUAAAUGUAUUUUGUACCGACUACCUUAAUUUUCUUUGAACAGGUGGUAGGCGUUUAAAUAUUUGUUGUAGGAUUUAACUUGUUCAAAUGAAUUCUUCCAUUGUUUACGGUUUUUAUUAUCAUGAAUUAAACGUGGAUUAUUAAUUCAUAAUUUAAUUUUAAGUCCUUAAAACCAGUUACUAUUUUUUAAACCAAAAGAUUGAGGUUUUAUUGUUAAUAAUACGGCAAAUUCGUAUAUAAGAUCAUUACCUUUCCAUGUAAACAGCGGUCUUCAAAUUAUAUAUCUAAAUAGACGAAUUUAAAAAAAUUUAUAUCCAAAAAUAUUUGUAAUUUUGAAAAAUUACUCACUGGACUUAAUUUACAUUGUGAAUUAUUCCCGCAGUUAAAAAAUAAGUCUACACAAAUUAGAACAUGUUCUAAUUUUCGUGUAUUUCUUCAUGAAGUUUGGAAGUACCAUCAAAAAUAUCGAGGUUAAAUUAUUUUUAAUUCGUUAUAAUUAGAGAUACUUAAACUGGCAAAGUAUGAUUACCAUUUUUUUUUCAUGUUAUCUCAAUUUAUUCACGAAAAUGUGUUUAUUUUCAAUCUGUCUAUAUUUCAAAGAAAUCCACAAAGUUUAGAACAAUAUAAAACCAAACGUAUGUGACCUAUUAUGAAAAAACCGAUGAGUUAAUUCAUGAAAAACUUCUUGAAUUUAUUCAUGAAUUAAUUCUCACUCUAAGGCAGCUGUAA